AUGGCAAAGAGUGAAAAAACAAAACAUCGUUCACAAAAAUUUCGGACAGAGUGGCAGAAAAAUCACUUGUUUAAAACGUGGUUAAUGUCAGUUAAAUGUAACGAAUAUGAAGCAUACUGCAAAUAUUGUAAGCAAACAAUAAAAUCAGAAAUUACUGUUUUAAAAAAUCACACACUUGGUAAAAAACACAAAUCAAUUAUGUUGCGUGGACAUAAAAAACAACCACCUGUUUUUCUGUUCACAACGGAAACUGAUUCAGAUAUUAAAAAAAAGCAAUUGGUAUCCAUUGCCGAAAUAAAAUUAACAGCGUAUUUUGCUGAACAUAAUAUGCCGUUUUUAGGAGCCGAUCACUUGUCAGAAUUACUUACGGAAGUAUUUCCUGACUCAGAAAUCGCGAAGAAUAUUAACGUUAAGAGAACUAAAACGACAGCGAUUAUUAAAAAUGUAAUUGGUAGUUCUCAAAAGUUCAUUUUAUUUGAGAAAUUAAAAAAACAAAAAUUUAGCCUGAUGGCAGACGAGUCAACUGAUAUUGGUGCAAUAAAAACUUCCUGUGUAGUGGCAAGAUUUUAUGAUGAAUCUAGUGAAAUGAUAGAAAGCGAUUUUUGGCAACUACACAAUGUUUAUGACACAGAUAAUCCUAGUUCAGCCAGUGCCGAACACCUUUAUAACGGUUUGAUUUCCACGCUUAAUGAGUAUGAAAUACCAUUAACCAAUAUAAUUGGUUUUGGUAGUGAUGGAUGUAACGUUAUGAUGGGUAAACAUAACUCUGUUGUUUCUCGACUGCGUGAGUCAUGUCCAAGCAUUUUUAUAAUGAAAUGUGUAUGCCAUUCGGCCCACUUAUGUGCAAGUUAUGCAUGUAAACAAUUGCAUCGUGCCUUAGAGGAUAUGGCAAGAAAUAUUUUCAAUUUUCUAAAGAGUAGUUCAAAGAGGCAAGCAGAACUUAAACAAUUUCAGAUGUUUUUGAAUCUUAAACCCCACAAAAUGUUACAUCCUUUACAAACGCGUUGGUUAUCUCUAAUUGCAGUAGUCAGUAGAAUAUUAGAACAAUGGGAUAGUCUGAAACUCUAUUUUACUGACACUUACUUAAGUCAACGUUUUAUUUCAACUGAGACUAUAUACCGUGGAUUCAAUGAUCCAUUCAUAAAGCUUGGGUUUUUGUUUUUAAAUUGGAGCUUGCCGUUAUUUACAAGCUUCUGUCAAAUGGUCAAGUGCGGUGCAGGGUAA